AGUAAUCACACAAGAAACCUCCACAACUGUUACAACAGAAGCAGCAUCUAGCACUCCUUCAGUACCAAAUACAGUAAUCACAACAGAGUCCUCUACAACUGUUACAACAGAAGCAGCAUCUAGCACUAUUUCAGGACCAACUACAGAAGUCACCCCUGAAACAUCAACAGAUGCCACUACAAGCUUUAGUUCAGGUCUUACAAUGCAAAUUAGGUUUAUCACAACAGAAACAUUUGAUGGUGACUUAUUAAUCCCAUCUUCAGCAGCCUACAAUAACCGCUCAACUCGUAUAAAAUCUGAGUUUGAACCAGUUCUUAGGUACAGAUUCAGUAACUUCAAGAUGCUGACAGCAAUUGGUUACAGUCGUGGGUCAACUGUUUCAGAUGUUGAAUUAACAUUCAAUGGCAGUCUUCCUAAUGAUUCUUCAGUCACUGAGACAAUGCUGAAUGCAAAUACAAGCUUCCUGAUUACGAACAUCAGCGUAAUUGUAUCUUCAACUGAAUCACCAGCAAUAACUUCAACGCAGGUUGCAACAACCGCAGCUACAACAGAUAUAACAACAGAAGUUUCAUCUAGCACUGGCUCUACUACAGCUGCUGCAUCAGUAACAUUAACAAGUGCUACUACACUAUUGUCUACAGAGAGUACAAUACAAAGUUCAACAAGUGUAAAAUCUGAAACAGAAUCCACCACAGCUACCACACUGGAAAGCUCAUCUGGUGUCACAUCAGAAGUAGCAUCUAGCACUCUUUCAAUAACAACUACAGGCGUCACAACAGAAACUUCCAUAGUUGUUACAUCAGCACCAGCAUCUAGCACUCUUUCAAUACAAACUACAGGCAUUACAAUAGAAACAUUGCCUGGUGUCACAUCAGAACCAGCAUCUAGCACUCUUUCAAUAACAACUACAGUAAUCACACCAGAAACCUCCACAGUUGUUACAACAGAAGCAGCAUCUAGCACUCCUUCAGUAUCAACUACAGUAAUCAUACCAGAAACCUCCACAACUGCUACAACAGAAGCAGCAUCUAGCACUCCUUCAGUACCAACUACAGUAAUCAUACCAGAAACCUCCACAAUUGUUACAACAGAAGGAGCAUCUAGCACUCUUUCAGUACCAACUACAGUAAUCAUACCAGAAACCUCCACAAUUGUUACAACAGAAGCAGCAUCUAGCACUCUUUCAGUACCAACUACAGUAAUCACACCAGAAACCUUCACAACUGUUACAACAGAAGCAGCAUCUAGCACUUCUUCAGUACCAACUACAGUAAUCACACCAGAAACCUCCACAACUGUUACAACAGAAGCAGCAUCUAGCACUUCUUCAGUACCAACUACAGUAAUCACACCAGAAACCUCCACAACUGUUACAUCAGAAGCAGCAUCUAGCACUCUUUCAGUACCAACUACAGUAAUCAUACCAGAAACCUCCACAACUGUUACAUCAGAAGCAGCAUUUAGCACUCCUUCAGUAACAACUACAGUAAUCAUACCAGAAACCUCCACAACUGUUAUAACAGAAGCAGCAUCUAGCACUUCUUCAGUACCAACUACAGUAAUCACACCAGAAACCUCCACAACUGUUACAACAGAAGCAGCAUCUAGCACUUCUUCAGUACCAACUACAGUAAUCACACCAGAAACCUCCACAACUGUUACAUCAGAAGCAGCAUCUAGCACUCUUUCAGUACCAACUACAGUAACCAUACCAGAAACCUCCACAACUGUUACAACAGAAGCAGCAUCUAGCACUCCUUCAGUACCAACUACAGUAAUCACACCAGAAACCUUCACAACUGUUACAACAGAAGCAGCAUCUAGCACUUCUUCAGUACCAACUACAGUAAUCACACCAGAAACCUCCACAACUGUUACAACAGAAGCAGCAUCUAGCACUUCUUCAGUACCAACUACAGUAAUCACACCAGAAACCUCCACAACUGUUACAUCAGAAGCAGCAUCUAGCACUCUUUCAGUACCAACUACAGUAAUCAUACCAGAAACCUCCACAACUGUUACAUCAGAAGCAGCAUUUAGCACUCCUUCAAUAACAACUACAGUAAUCAUACCAGAAACCUCCACAACUGUUACAACAGAAGCAGCAUCUAGCACUCCUUCAGUACCAACUACAGUAAUCAUACCAGAAACUUCCACAACUGUUACAACAGAAGCAGCAUCUAGCACUCCUUCAGUACCAACUACAGUCAUCACAACAGAAACCUCUACUACUGUUACAACAGAAGCAGCAUCUAGCACUCUUUCAGUACCAACUACAGUAAUCAUACCAGAAACCUCCACAAUUGUUACAACAGAAGUAGCAUCUAGCACUCUUUCAGUACCAACUACAGUAAUCAUACCAGAAACCUCCACAACUGUUACAACAGAAGCAGCAUCUAGCACUCUUUCAGUACCAACUACAGUAAUCACAACAGAAACCUCCACAACUGUUACAACAGAAGCAGCAUCUAGCACGUCUUCAGUACCAACUACAGUAAUCACACCAGAAACCUCCACAACUGUUACAUCAGAAGCAGCAUCUAGCACUCUUUCAGUACCAACUACAGUAAUCAUACCAGAAACCUCCACAACUGUUACAUCAGAAGCAGCAUUUAGCACUCCUUCAGUAACAACUACAGUAAUCAUACCAGAAACCUCCACAACUGUUAUAACAGAAGCAGCAUCUAGCACUUCUUCAGUACCAACUACAGUAAUCACACCAGAAACCUCCACAACUGUUACAACAGAAGCAGCAUCUAGCACUUCUUCAGUACCAACUACAGUAAUCACACCAGAAACCUCCACAACUGUUACAUCAGAAGCAGCAUCUAGCACUCUUUCAGUACCAACUACAGUAACCAUACCAGAAACCUCCACAACUGUUACAACAGAAGCAGCAUCUAGCACUCCUUCAGUACCAACUACAGUAAUCAUACCAGAAACUUCCACAACUGUUACAACAGAAGCAGCAUCUAGCACUCCUUCAGUACCAACUACAGUCAUCACAACAGAAACCUCUACUACUGUUACAACAGAAGCAGCAUCUAGCACUCUUUCAGUACCAACUACAGUAAUCAUACCAGAAACCUCCACAAUUGUUACAACAGAAGUAGCAUCUAGCACUCUUUCAGUACCAACUACAGUAAUCAUACCAGAAACCUCCACAACUGUUACAACAGAAGCAGCAUCUAGCACUCUUUCAGUACCAACUACAGUAAUCACAACAGAAACCUCCACAACUGUUACAACAGAAGCAGCAUCUAGCACUCCUUCAGUCCCAACUACAGUAAUCACACCAGAAACCUCCACAACUGUUACAACAGAAGCAGCAUCUAGCACUUCUUCAGUACCAACUACAGUAAUCACACCAGAAACCUCCACAACUGUUACAUCAGAAGCAGCAUUUAGCACUCCUUCAGUAACAACUACAGUAAUCAUACCAGAAACCUCCACAAUUGUUACAACAGAAGGAGCAUCUAGCACUCUUUCAGUACCAACUACAGUAAUCACAUCCGAAACCUCUACAACUGUUACAACAGAAGCAGCAUCUAGCACUCCUUCAGUACCAACUACAGUAAUCACACCAGAAACCUCCACAACUGUUACAUCAGAAGCAGCAUCUAGCACUCUUUCAGUACCAACUACAGUAAUCAUACCAGAAACCUCCACAACUGUUACAACAGAAGCAGCAUCUAACACUCCUUCAGUACCAACUACAGUAAUCACAUUAGAAACCUCUACAACUGUUAUAACAGAAGCAGUAUCUAGCACUCCUUCAGUACCAACUACAGUAAUCAUACCAGAAACCUCCACAACUGUUACAACAGAAUCACCAGCAAUAACUUCAAGACAGAGUGCAUCUGCAGCCACAAUAGACAUCACAACAGAUGUUUCAGCUAGCACUGGCUCUACUUCAGCUGGUCCAUCAGAAACAUCAACAAUCGCUACUACCCUGUUGUCUACAGACAGUACAACAGUAGUUACACCAGAAACCUCGCCUAAUGUUCCAUCACAACCAUCAUCUAGCACUCUUUCAAUACCAACUACAAGCAUCACACCAGAAAUCUCAACUGUUGUUACAUCAGAACCAUCAUCUAGCACUCUUUUAAUACCAACUACAGGCAUCACACCAGAAACCUCAACUAUUUUUACCUCACAAACCUCACCUGUUUUUACAUCAGUACCAGCCUCUAGCACUCUUUCCAUACCAACUACAGUAAUCACACCAGAAGCUUCAACUGUUGUCACAUCAGAACCAGCAUCUAGCACUCUUUCAAUACCGACUACAAGCAUCACACCAGAAACAUCACCAGUAGUCACAUCGCAAUCGGUGCCAAUUUCUCCUUCCACAACAACUACAGAUCUAUCUACAACAUCAAGUGCACCUGAUAUUCGGUACAUUAGCUUUACCACAAAUGAUACAUUUUUUACUGAGCUUUCAAACCAGUCUUCACCUGCCUUUGCUGCCAGAGAAGCCGAUGUCAAUUCAAAGAUUGGAACAGUCUUCAGGAUAAAAUAUGGUAACUUCCGAAAUCUAAAGGUGCUUAGCUGCAGGCCUGGAUCAAUCAUCACAGAUAUGAUUUUAAAGUUUACAUAUUUUGAGGGUCUUCCCACUAAUGAUAAUAUCACUAUGACACUAGAAACAGCAGAUACAGGUUUUAACAUUACAAAUGCUUUUGUAACUACAACAACCACCACAGUAGCACAACCAACAAACGAUACUGCCACCACAGCAGCACAACCAACAAACAAUACUAGCACCACAGCAGCACAACCAAUGAACGAUACUAGCACCACAGCAGCACAACCAACGAAUGAUACUAGCACCACAGCAGCACAACCAACAAAUGCUACAACAACCACCACAGUAGCACAACCAACAAACGAUACUGCCACCACAGCAGCACAACCAACGAACGAUACUAGCACCACAGCAGCACAACCAACAAAUGCUACAACAACAACCACAGUAGCACAACCAACAAACGAUACUGCCACCACAGCAGCACAACCAACAAAUGCUACAACAACCACCACAGUAGAACAACCAACGAACGAUACUGCCACCACAGCAGCACAACCAACGAACGAUACUAGCACCACAGCAGCACAACCAACGAACGAUACUAGCACCACAGCAGCACAACCAACAAAUGCUACAACAACCACCACAGUAGCACAACCAACAAAUGAUACAACCAGAGCAGCACAACCAACGAACGAUACUGCCACCACAGCAUCACCACCAACAAAUGCUACAACAACCACCACAGUAGCACAACCAACAAACGAUACUGCCACCACAGCAGCACAACCAACAAACGAUACUAGCACCACAGCAGCACAACCAACAAAUGAUACUAGCACCACAGCAGCACAACCAACAAAUGCUACAACAACCACCACAGUAGCACAACCAACAAACGAUACUGCCACCACAGCAGCACAACCAACAAACGAUACUAGCACCACAGCAGCACAACCAACAAACGAUACUGCCACCACAGCAGCACAACCAACGAAUGAUACUAGCACCACAGCAGCACAACCAACAAAUGCUACAACAACCACCACAGUAGCACAACCAACAAAUGAUUCUGCCACCACAGCAGCACAACCAACAAACGAUACUAGCACCACAGCAGCACAACCAAUGAACAAUACUAGCACCACAGCAGCACAACCAACGAACGAUACUAACACCACAGCAGCACAACCAACAAAUGCUACAACAACCACCACAGUAGAACAACCAACGAACGAUACUGCCACCACAGCAGCACAACCAACGAACGAUACUAGCACCACAGCAGCACAAACAACAAAUGCUAGAACAACCACCACAGUAGCACAACCAACAAAUGAUACAACCACAGCAGCACAACCAACGAACGAUACUGCCACCACAGCAGCACCACCAACAAAUGCUACAACAACCACCACAGUAGCACAACCAACAAACGAUACUACCACCACAGCAGCACAACCAACAAAUGAUACUGCCACCACAGCAGCACAACCAACAAACGGUACUAGCACCACAGCAGCACAACCAACGAACGAUACUAGCACCACAGCAGCACAACCAAUGAACGAUACUACCACCACAGCAGCACAACCAACAAAUGCUACAACAUCCACCACAUUUGUACAACCAACAAACGAUACUGCCACCACAGCAGCACCACCAACAAAUGCUACAACAACCUCCACAGUAGCACAACCAACAAACGAUACUACCACCACAGCAGCACAACCAACAAACGGUACUAGCACCACAGCAGCACAACCAACGAACGAUACUAGCACCACAGCAGCACAACCAACGAACGAUACUAGCACCACAGCAGCACAACCAACGAACGAUACUAGCACCACAGCAGCACAACCAACGAAUGAUACUAGCACCACAGCAGCACAACCAACAAAUGCUACAACAACAACCACAGUAGCACAACCAACGAACGAUACUGCCACCACAGCAGCACCACCAACAAAUGCUACAACAACCACAGCAGCACAACCAACAAACGAUACUGCCACCACAGCAGCACCACCAACGAACGAUACUAGCACCACAGCAGCACAACCAACAAACAAUGCUAGCACCACAGCAGCACAACCAACAAACGAUACUAGCACCACAGCAGCACAACCAACAAAUGCUACAACAACCACCACAGUAGAACAACCAACGAACGAUACUGCCACCACAGCAGCACCACCAACAAAUGCUACAACCAGAGCAGCACAACCAACGAACGAUACUGCCACCACAGCAUCACCACCAACAAAUGCUACAACAACCACCACAGUAGCACAACCAACAAAUGAUACUACCACCACAGCAGCACAACCAACAAACGAUACUGCCACCACAGCAGCACAACCAACAAACGAUACUAGCACCACAGCAGCACAACCAACAAACAAUACUAGCACCACAGCAGCACAACCAACGAACGAUACUAGCACCACAGCAGCACAACCAACAAAUGAUACUAGCACCACAGCAGCACAACCAACAAAUGCUACAACAACAACCACAGUAGCACAACCAACGAACGAUACUGCCACCACAGCAGCACCACCAACGAAUGCUACAACAACCACCACAGCAGCACAACCAACAAACGAUACUGCCUCCACAGCAGCACAACCAACAAAUGCUACAACAACCAGCACGGUAGCACAACCAAGAAACGAUACUACCACCACAGCAGCACAACCAACAAACGAUACUGCCACCACAGCAGCACAACCAAUGAACAAUACUAGCACCACAUCAGCACAACCAACGAACUCUACUACCACCACAUCAGCACAACCAACGUACGAUACUAGCACCACAGCCGCACAACCAACAAAUGCUACAGCGACCACAGCUCCACAACCAACAAAUGCUACAACAACCACAACAGCAGCACAACCAACAAAUGCUACAGCAACCACAACAGCAGCACAACCAACGAACACUACUACCACUACAGCAGCACAACCAACGAACGCUACUGCCACCACAGCAGCACAACCAACAAAUGCUACAACAACCACCACAGCAGCACAACCAAAAAAUGAUACUACCACCACAGCAGCACAACCAACAAACGCUACUUCCACCACAGCAGCACAACCAACAAAUGCUACUACCACCACAGCAGCACAACCAACGAACUCUACUACCACCACAGCAGCACAACCACCGUACGAUACUAGCACCACAGCGGCACAACCAACAAACGCUACAGCCACCACAGUGGCACAACCAACAAAUGCUACAACAACCACCACAGUAGCACAACCGACAAACACUACUACCACUACAGCAGCACAACCAACAAAUGCUACAACAACCACAACAGCAGCACAACCAACAAAUGCUACAGCAACCACAACAGCAGCACAACCAACAAACGCUACUACCACCACAGCGGCACAACCAACAAACGCUACUACCACCACAACAACAACACAACAAACUAAUGCUACUACAGCCACCACAGCAGCACAACCAACAAAUGCUACAACAACCACCACAGUAGCACAACCAACGAACACUACUACCACUACAGCAGCACAACCAACAAACGCUACUACCACUACAGCGGCACAACCAACAAACUAUACUACCACCACAGCGGGACAACUAACAAACGCUACUACCACCACAGCAGCACAACCAACAAAUGCUACUACAGCCACCACUGCAGCACAACCAUCAAAUGCUACAACAACCACCACAGUAGCACAACCAACAAACACUACUACAACUAGAGCAGCACAACCAACAAAUGCUACAACAACCACAACAGCAGCACAACCAACAAAUGCUUCUACCACCAUAACAACAGCACAACCAACAAAUGCUACAACAACCACAACAGCAGCACAACCAACAAAUGCUACAACAACCACAACAGCAGCACAAACAACAAAUGCUACAACCACCACAACAGCAGCACAACCAACAAAUGCUACAACCACCACAGUAGCACAACCAACAAACAAUACUACCACUACAGCAGCACAACCAACAAAUGCUACAGCAACCACAACAGCAGCACAACCAACAAACACUACUACCACCAUAACAACAGCACAACCAACAAAUGCUACAACAACCACAACAGCAGCACAGCCAACAAAUGCUACUACCACCACAACAAAAGCACAACCAACAAAUGCUACUACCACCACAACACUUACAACAACCACUACGACUUCAAAAUCAACAACCACUACAACACCAAAACCACCAACCACUACCGCCACAACAACAGCAGUAACAGCAACAGUUGCACCAAAGGUUGAGAUGAAUGUUGGCCUCCAGUAUCCUUAUGUUUCACAACUCAGUGAUCGAAACAGUAAUGAAUUUCGACAGCUGGCUUUCACUCUGAUACAAGUGUUGGAGGUAAUCUAUAGAAAUCUAUACGGAUCUAGGUUCAAGUUCAUCAUUGUCAUAGCCUUCAGCCCUAUGAAGAAACGUGCAGUUAAUAAUACGGAAGCAGAAGUCCAGCUGGUAUUCAAUGAGAACAGCACAAUACCCAUCCCAACUGGUGAAGAAGUAGUGACUGUUCUGAAAAAUAUUGCAGACAAUAACAACACAUUUGCUGUGACAUUUGAUGCCAAUGCAAUCACUCUCCUCAAUGAGCCAUACAGUGUCGGUGUGCGAUUCCGAACAAAUGGCACUUUUGUAAAUGAUUUCUCAAAAAUAAAUUCAGAUUUAUUCAGAAACAGAACAAUCAUGAUUAAAAAUGGACUUACCCCAUAUUUCAUUGCUGACUUCCCUACUACAUUCAGCAUCUUAACCAUGUCAAACUACAGCAACGGAACUGAUCGUUCUUUAAGAGCAGCUAAUGAUUCAAUUCUAAACUUUAUGGACUUGGCUUUUGCCAGAUCAGGUGGAAAUCCUAACAUUACGCAAAUUGCGCAAACUAUAAUUCGAGCAGCCAAAAAUGACAGCCUUCCAUUCAAGAUCUACCUCACGGAUAUCAUAGUGAAUGGCACGGUAUUUUCAUCGAGCGAUGUCAGCAGCAAGAUCAGUGUGCUCAUGGCAUGCUUCAUGGUGGCUGUGUCGCUUCUGUUCACAAGGUUCAGCUGAUGCUAAACCACAUCCUCCUCUCAUGAGAACCUCCUCUCCUCUCAAUGAGAACCAUCACCAGGUUUUAUGUUCUAUGCAAUAUACUGUAUAUGAAAUAAAUAUACAUGCUUUUGUAUUAUAGGGUUUGGUUAGUACUUAUAUUAUGAAUUUCUAUAAAAGUUGGUGAUGGGCAUUUUCUAAAUAAUUCUAUAUAAAUCCUGCCGGCAAACAUGAAGGAAUUUCUUUGUCAUACAAAAACAUGAAAAGCUAAAAUGGCAGCAACACUAUUACAAUUUGUGUAGUAUUUUAGAUCUAAUUUAUCAUUUUUUUUGUCCUUCAUGCCAUUAACUAUAUCUGAAAUACGUGUUAUGGGUUUUUGCAAACUAGUAUUUUAAAUUUAAAUUAAUCACAUAAUACUGAUUCCUGUUAAACACAGGAUGCCUACAAUAGAUAGUAAGUGUUUUAACACAUUUGAAUACCGGUUUAUCAGUGUUUAAUCUGGCAUGCUUCCCAGCAAAUAAAAAAUUGUAUUUUCACAUGUUCUGUAAAUCAGCAGCUAAUAGACUAAAACUGUUAUUAUUUAUGUUUGAAUUAUCUGAACUUAUGCACUUUUUUGUUCAUGAAUUAUUCCCUAAUGCACUCAGCACUAUGUAUUUAUUUACUAAAUUCAGUAUCUAGCUCCAAGGACUAUGUAUUUAUUGAGAUAUUUAAAAUAUUAAACUAUGUAUAUGCUAUAAUAUGCAUUAAUUGUAGAACUUCAUAUUUAUAAAUGUACAACUCAGUGUUCAAUAAACUUAUGGGAAGCUGCACCACA